AUGGAACCGGUUGUAUCACAACCAGAUGUUGUUUCAAAACGAGCAAAAUUUGCUUAUAGCGUUGGUCAUGUUCUUAAUGAUCUAACAGCAUCAAUGUGGUUUUCUUAUUUAUUAGUUUUCUAUCAUCGUAUUGUGAAUUUUACGAAUGCAUCUGCAGGUUAUUUACUUUUAAUUGGACAAGUAGCUGAUGCUUUAGCAACAACAUUUGUUGGUUUUGAAUCUGAUCGAGUACGUACUGGUUUAUUUGGUUAUGGUCGAAGAAAAACUUGGCAUCUUAUUGGUGUUAUCAGUGUACUGAGUUCAUUUCCAUUUUGUUUUAAUUUAUGUGUUGGAUGUGCAAAUAGUGAUUUAUGGGCACAAUUUUUCUAUUAUGCAAUGUUUAUUAUUAUCUUUCAAUUUGGUUGGUCAUGCUCACAAAUUACACAUUUAGCAAUGAUUAAUGAAUUAACGCAUAAAGAUGGUGAACGUGUUGCACUUAAUUCAUUUCGUUAUGCUUGGACAGUAGCAUCAAAUAUAUUUGUUUAUGCAAUAGCAAGUGUUUUAUUAGGUGUUCAUACUGGUUCUGAUAAAACAGAUAUAACACCAGCUGAUGCACAUAUAUUUCGUACAUUAACAUUUACUGUUGUUGGUAUUGGUCUUCUUUGUAUGAUUUUUUUUCAUGUUGGCUUAAAAGAAUCAGAUGUACCAGCUGAAGAAACAGAAUAUCGUUUACAAUUAUCUUUAACUUCUAGUGGAAGAUUAAAACGAAUGACAUGGAAAAAAUUUUUACGUGAAAAAGAAUUUUAUCAAUGUGCGCUUAUUUGGAUGUUUACACGUGUUAUUCUUAAUGUUACACAGGUGUUUCUACCAUUGUAUAUAAUUGAUACAAUCUCAACACUUAAUCGAGUAUAUGUUGCUAUUGCUCCAUUAUGUUCCUAUGUUAGUGGUUUAGUUGCAUCAUUUCCUAUGCGUGCAAUAAAUAAACGAUUAGGUCGAAAAGUUACAAUGACUAUUGGUCUUGUGUUUGUAUUAGCUAGUACAGUAUUAUUUUGGUUUAUUUUUCAAAUAAAACCUUUUAUUAGAAUUGAAGUAACAUUAACAAUUGCUUGUGUUUUACUUGGUAUUGGAAUAUCAACAACAAACAUAUGUUCAUUUUCUCUUGCGUCUGAUUUAAUUGGUUUAAAUACCGAAUGUGGAGCAUUUGUCUACGGUAUAAUGUCAUUUGCAGAUAAACUUGCUAAUGGUAUAGUUAUUGCUUUAAUACAACAAUUUAAUCCGUGCAAAGCUGAUGCAACAGAGAGAUGUGAAUUAUAUUAUAGACAAAUAUUAUCAUUUAUACCUGGUGCAGUUGCUAUAUUAACAGUUGUAAUGACAUUAAGUAUAUCGAAUAUUGGUGGAAAUCGUCAUGAAAUGAUUGUAGACACACAGACUAAUUCUUUGCCAUGUAAUAAUUGUAUAGAUGAUACUGAAGAUGAUGAAAGAACACCAUUAGUAGCUUGA